UUCUGCCCAACAAAAAUAAUCCCGCACUUGGAUUGCAGCAAAAAAGGAAUCUUGGGAAAUGGUGAAGCACAUUGCAGGGGCAACAUAUUCUGAUAGGGAGAGAAAGUAAAGAGUAGCAUUGGAGUUUCCGCAAAAUUCGUUGGCAAAAUCGCCAAUUUUUUUCUUUUUCUUCUAUCUCCGGACUCUCCAAAGAUUUCAAGUUUUUAACCAAAAACAGCCUGGAAUCUGCGUUUCACUCAAGUUUUGCAUAAAUCUAUUGACCUUUUUUUAAAAAUUGAUUUUGUUUGUUUAAAAGUUAUUUACUUUUGAGUUUCUCUCAUUGUCAUGGACUUUAUAUACACUUCCUAUAACAUUCUAAAGAUCCUUGCUUUCUCCCUUUGAGACAUACUACAAAGUUUCAAUUUGUUUUUCCUCUCUCUCCUUUAUAGCUAUAGGAUUUCUUUGCUGGCGUAAAGCGACUGUUUUGUAUUGUUUUUUAUCUGUGAGUGUAAAUGGCCAAUACAUCUGGGUUUUUCACACCUUCAGUUCCGAGCCUGAGGAGAAAGAUUCAGCCUCCAAUAGGCAUUUCUCGAUCUGGGUUUUGCUUCUCUGAAGGAAGCUGUAGGAGGGUAGUGUGCUCAAGUGGCAUUGAAGGUGCAGAGAAGCAUGUUUCCCCUUCUGAAUCUCGAGUAUCCAAGCUUGUCAGUAAAGGCUGCAAGUUAGUUGGCUGUGGGUCAGCUGUGCCAACUCUUUCAGUUUCCAAUGAUGAUCUUGCAAGAAUAGUUGAUACUUCUGAUGAAUGGAUCUCUGUCCGCACUGGAAUACGAAAUCGACGGGUUAUUUCAGGAAAGGAUAGUUUAAGAAACCUAGCAGUUGAAGCAGCAAGAAAAGCUCUUGAAAUGGCAGAUGUUGAUCCUAAUGAUCUUGACCUAAUCUUGAUGUGCACAUCUACUCCAGAAGAUCUUUUUGGUGGGGCUCCACAGGUCCAAAGAGAUCUUGGCUGUACAAAAACUCCUUUAGCUUAUGAUAUUACUGCUGCAUGUAGCGGAUUUGUGCUGGGUCUGGUCUCAGCUGCGUGCCACAUUAGGGGAGGUGGGUUUCGUAAUGUUUUAGUGAUUGGAGCUGAUGGUCUUUCUCGAUUUGUUGAUUGGAGUGAUAGAGGGACAUGCAUUCUCUUUGGGGAUGCUGCUGGUGCUUUACUAGUUCAGGCCUGUGAUGCUGAGGAGGACGGUUUAUUAAGCUUUGACUUGCAUAGUGAUGGUGAGGGUGGAAGACAUCUUAGCGCUUCCAUAAAGGACAAUGAAGCUGAUGAUCUGUUGAGUUCAAAUGGUUCACUGUUAGAUUUCCCUCCAAAAAGGUCCUCUUAUUCCUGCAUACAGAUGAAUGGCAAAGAAGUUUUCCGCUUUGCCGUGCGAUGUGUGCCACAAUCAAUUGAGUCUGCCUUGGAAAAGGCUGGUCUCACUGCAUCCAGCAUUGACUGGUUAUUGCUCCAUCAGGCAAACCAGAGGAUUAUUGAUGCAGUUGCAACACGUUUAGAAGUCCCACAGGAACAAGUCAUAUCAAAUUUGGCAAAUUAUGGUAAUACGAGUGCUGCAUCCAUUCCUUUGGCAUUGGAUGAAGCUGUUCGAAGUGGAAAGGUGAAGCCAGGCCAUACAAUUGCAACUGCAGGUUUUGGUGCAGGUCUAACUUGGGGUUCAGCUAUCAUUAGAUGGGGAUGAAAAAUCACCAUGCUGCCAAAUUACCUGUGUAGAAAUGAAGAGAAAUCCUUAUGAAGAACAGCUCUCUCCAGUUACUACUCCCUAUCCAAAAGUACGCAUACAAUGGGAGUUUGCGCUCACAUAAUCCCCAUCAGCUCCAUUUUUUUUGUUGGAAAUUUGUUAUACUUUAGUUGUUGCACUGCUAAUAAAUUUUUAUUCUUUUUCCUCAAGCCUUUCAACUUUUAUUUUUUCGGUCCUCUGUAUCGCAAUAAUGAGCACGGUUCUCCCUUUUACCCCCUUGAGUCAAACAUGGGCAGAAGUAUGUUACACCUGAGGAAAGACGGGAGUGUUUUUACAAUGCAACAUUGUGUUAGUUCUUUUA